AUGUAUUGCCGUGGAUUGCUCUUGUUCUUGGCUAUUUUCUUCGUCUUGCUUCAAUCCUCCACUUCCCUGAUCAGUUCCCCAAGCGCCAUCGUCAAUCCUUCCAAAGUCAAGCAGGUUUCAUCGAAGCCCAGGGCGUUUGUGUAUGAAGGGUUUCUCACGGAAUUGGAAUGUGAUCAUGUUGUCUCCCUUGCAAAAGCGGACCUGAAGAGAUCUGCGGUUGCUGAUAACGAUAGUGGAGAGAGCAAAUUCAGCGAAGUUCGGACCAGCUCUGGCACCUUUAUCUCCAAAGGAAAGGAUCCCAUUGUUUCCGGUAUAGAAGACAAGAUCUCCACUUGGACAUUUCUUCCUAAAGAAAACGGGGAGGACAUUCAGGUAUUGAGAUACGAGCACGGCCAAAAAUAUGAUCCUCACUUUGACUACUUUCAUGAUAAAGUUAACAUUGUCCGUGGUGGACACCGCAUAGCAACAGUUCUCAUGUAUCUAUCCAAUGUGACAAAAGGUGGAGAAACCGUAUUUCCAGAUGCAGAGGUACCUUCCCGGCGAAAGCUGUCUGAAAACAAUGAAGACCUUUCUGAUUGUGCCAAGAAAGGAAUUGCCGUGAAACCAAAGAAAGGGGAUGCUUUGUUGUUCUUCAACCUCCACCCAGACGCAAUCCCGGACCCAAUGAGCCUUCACGGUGGAUGUCCCGUGAUCGAAGGAGAGAAAUGGUCUGCGACCAAGUGGAUCCACGUUGACUCGUUCGAUAGGAUUGUGACACCGGGGGCAAACUGCACGGAUACGAACGAGAGCUGUGAGAGAUGGGCAGUGCUUGGGGAAUGCACAAAGAACCCAGAGUACAUGGUUGGAACUGCUGAGCUUCCUGGCUAUUGCAGGCGAAGCUGCAAGUCUUGUUAG